ACGUCAGCGACAGUCGCGUUCCCAUUAUUUUUAUUUCGCAAUUUCCAGAAUAUCAUCUCUGAUUUAGUUUUAAGUUCCUAAAACCCGCAAUCAAAAAACAAAACGUGGUCUACGUGGUCCAGUGAUGGAUAAUCAAUAUUACUACAAGUUGAUGGCCAGUUAUCUGUCAAAGCGUAACUGUGACGAGUCUUUUAUGCGAUACUUCUUCGGCAAAAAUUCGAGUAAGAAGACGCCUGAAGAAUUAGAACGGGCAGACGAACGUAAACGUCGUCUACAGCGGGAAAGGUCACGGCGUUAUCGCGCGUUGAAGAGUGCUCGGCGACAGCACGAGGGCAGAGGCGACGGCUCCGACGACGUGCGAACCAAGUCGCGGCCGACGCCGGAGGACGACUUAAGCGACCUCGACGAGCCGCCCACCCUGUGCGAUCUCACUUACGAUGACAAGUGGCGGGAACGCGGCGCUUCCCCCGACUGCGCCUCUGACGACAAUUCGGCGCAUUCCGGCGAGCGGGGCGAGCUCAGGGAGGCGGUGCUCUCCGGUAACGUGGCCCUCAACCUCAAAGAAUUUCUGAGCUCUCCCAAUGCAGAGCUAGACUACCCAACGGUCCACAGCCUUAUGUUCCAUUGGUUGCAGACGUAACAUUCUCAUUUUACAUUUACACACUUGCAUCUCUUCAUUGGCUCAUCACAUAUUCAAAUAAAGCAAUACAAAUUUCAACAUUUCAUUAAUAUAUACAACAAAACUUGGAACUUGAUAUGAUAGAAGUUGCUGUAAACAUAUAUAACACAUAUCAGAGUUGGGUUGUUUCCUCUGUACCAUGCACAUUGUCACAAAGCAAGCUAAGAGAACCGUCCUACUGCUUAUUGAGCAAACAUAUACUUUAAUCAAUUAGGAGAUAGAAAAAAAAAUGGAGUGGGAUGAUUGCAGGAGUUGGCAUCAUACUUUAUUGCACAGUGGUGUCAUUUGUUGCAGUUGUAGGGAAUUGUUGCUUGAUACCUGAUGCCGUGAUAAACUUUACAUUUGGUUGUUGACAGUGCAGAGCACAAACCUGCCUUUGUCGAUCACAUUUAUACCAUGCCUGCAUCACUAAAACAUAUAUAUGUUUACCAUCUUAACAGCAUUCAAAUGUUCCUGCAAAAUUAAGAACUAAUUAUGCACUGGCAUCCCUUGCAAGAGGUUAGUCCGUGGGGGUCCUGGGCAGGAUCCCCUCACCAUACACGGUCAAACAAAACUUUAAAGGUUUUACAUCUGUAGAGAAUAGUGUGAAAAGGAGUUGCAUUUAUUGAAGUAAGUGAAAGUUGGGAUUGCUUUUUUGUUUCAACUUAAAAUUUAAGUUUAUACAAAGUGUAGAAGAGAUUACAUUAUCAAAAUAUAAAUAUGGUGCCAUUGUGGCGGGGUGCCAGUGUGGGGCGAGACCAACGCUCCCACUCCAUUGAGCGUGGAGUUAUAGUUGAUAGAAUGUUCCAUUAGACAAUAAGUUGCCAUAUCCUAAUAUUUAGAUACUCAACUAUACAUAUAUUAUAUAUGCAUAUAGAAAGGGAUAGUAUAUAUAUAUAUAUGUUUACAUAUAGUUUGUGAUAUGGAAGAAUUUACAUUUUGUGUGAAAUCUACAAUAUUAGCUGUAAUUAGUAAUAGGAUAAGAAAUUUAAGAUAGCAGUGUGGUGUAUACAUGCACCCAGGCUGCCCUACUCCAUAGUGAUGGGCGCACUCAAACAUUCCUGUUUGGCAAUACGGCUCCAUGAAGCCGGUGCCGUCCAAUGAGCCAGUUGACAAAGUCACACAACAUCUGUUAGGUUUCUCUCACUGACUCAUUGUUAUUCAGCUUAAAAGUAGAUUUAUAUUUGGUUGCUUGUGAAAAGGAUGUCAUAUGUACUGAAUUGGUGGCCACAUUGAACAGUUGUAACAAAUUCUUACAGGAGUAUGAUGAAGUCAAUUACAAUUUGAUUUGACCAUUUAGAAGAUACAUAUAUGUAGUUGUUAUAUAAAUCUAUACAAUACUAAAUAAAAUAGAGGAACAAACUGGUUGCCAUGUAGUUUAUAAAAUUAUAAAUGAACAAAUAAGUUUUCAGAUUCACUGCAGAGCAGUAGCUCCCUCCAUCCGCCUUGCAUUGGAUGCGCCUUGCACGGCAACAAUGUUACUACUACUGUUGUUUUGUUGUCUUGCAACCACACUCAAAGUUGCUUAAUAAACCAUUACUUGAAGUACUCACAGUUUUAGCUGCAGCCCGUUGCUAUAAGUCGAGCCACCAGUGUUCAUUCAAAGUAUGCAUUUACUAAAAUCUACUUCAAGCAGUUUUGAGUGUGGCACUUAAUGUUUUAUUUUGAAAUUAUUUUCAAAGUAUGCAUUUAAGUAAUACUCAAUAAUAUAAAGAUGCUCUCUUUAGUAAGGUCUGCUUUAAUAAUUGUCUUAUCUUUGUCCUUAGAUUAAGUAUUGCAUCGAAUUUAAAGUGUAUAUGUAAACAAGUGCUUUGUUAAAGUUACAAUAUUGUUUUAGCGUGUAAUCUAUUAUUUAAUUAUACUAUAUAUUGAUUGAUAAUGGCUAUUCCCACAAGUUUGUACAAUAAUUAGUUAGGUUUGCAUUUGCAUAACUUUCUAUAUUAAUACAAAGUCUCGAGACUUUCUCUCACAAUUAUAGUAAAUGUGUUUGAAAUUCCAAAACAACAUAAAAUCAUAUGUUUUAUUUUCAUAGUUUUGUAAUUAUGGGGAAUCGCAAACGCCGUUCCUUUUUAAUUUGCCUAGGCAAAUUCCACCCAUAUGUAAUGUCAUAAAUAACAAAUCUAUUUUGUCAGAACAUUUGCCAUAUUUGUAUAUUACUUAUAAUUGUAAUUGCAGAUCCACAUUAGUGCCGUGAACAGAUGUGAAUGCGUAUGGUUCUUGCUCGUUCUUCGAUCAGUCUCACUCGUUCAUGCAACGUUUGUAACUCAUGCAUAUUCACGCCUCGUGUCACCAUUUUUAUUCCAACGUUUUUAAUUUUUUGAAUUCACAUUAUGCAUUAAUUCGCUCGUGAAUUCACGCCACCGAUGUGGAGCCACUGACCGUCAGUCAUAUUUUUUAUUAUUUAAAAACUUUAUUAGCCAUUUUUAUUUGUAACGUUUAGGAAUUAUGUUUUGAUAAGUAAUUAUUAAGUAAGCAAGGUGAACUGAGGGCUUUUAUUGUAAUCAGAAGCAAAAUCUGAAAAAACAAAGCCAUAAGUGGAUUGUGUACACACGGCCAUAGUAUUUUUAUAUUUUGUUUAAUGAACUCAUGACAGCAGUUGUGCGAGGUGUGUGCCGUAUCCACGCCCACGCCCAACACUACAGCUUUGGUAGCAAUGGUAUUUAAAGAAAGAUAUUCUUUGAUAUGUUGAGGAAUGUUCCCGCUAGAAGUUAUAAUAUAUAUGGAAAUAAACCGAUAAUGGCUUAUUGGUGUCAUAUCCAGAUCAUACGAAAAGUUUGAAUAUUAUUUAUACAUCUUUCUUCCAAAGGCCGCGUGCCUUUAAUAAAAUGUAGCAUAAACAUAGUUUAGGUACUGUAAGGUAGUGCCAUAUUAAAGAGCUUCCUAUUUU